AUGAAUCCAACACGUAAGUACAAAGUUGUUUUUAUUGGCGACUCAUCUGUAGGGAAGACAUGCAUCAUCGGCAGAUUCAUGAGCGGAAUGUUUGUGAACGAAUAUGAAGCAACAGUGGGCACUGAUUUCAGUUCGAAACUGGUAACUGAUGACAAAACAAAGCAAACAGUACAACUUCAGAUUUGGGACACUGCAGGACAAGAGAAAUAUCACAGUUUAAUACCUUCCUAUAUUCGAGAGAGUCGAGUAGCUGUAGUUGUUUAUGAUAUUAGUGAUCGAGACUCUUUCAAUGAUCUCGACGAGUGGAUUUCUUUGGUGAAAUCCGAAGAGAAGAAAGACGUCUUUCUGUUUCUCGUGGGCAACAAGAACGAUAUUGGCAAACGAGAAGUGACACAGAAAGAAGCUCUCGACAAAGCCGAUUACUAUCAAUGCCAAAGUUUUGAGACAAGCGCAAAAGAGAAUUGUAACAUCACGGAGUUGUUCAAAGCCAUUACAGAAAGACUUUGUUCGAUUGAACCCAUUUCCGAGGAUUCAGUGGAGACGGUGAGUAUAACUGAGAGUAACAGCGUGAAUACAAAAUUUAAGUGUUGUUAA